GAACACUUGCUUUUAAGGUGGACAGGGACCACCCAGUCCCUCCCAAAAACGAUGCAUGCGUCCAAUCCAGAGAGGCCAAGUGUAAAAUACAGUGAGAGAAAUAAAAAAACUUGACCAGAAAAGCUUGAAUUUUGAGUGUAAACUAGUUUGUCCAGGAGUGAUGCCGUCACCGGGAGCCAAUGGCAUCGCUGUUAGGGGAUUUACGCGUAAAAAACAGGUAUAAAAACCACCUGUAUCCAUCACAUCCGACAUCUGAUCUCUAGCCUGAAUCGCUCCGUCGCUGUCAGCUCUCAUAGAAAUCAUGCCUGCAAACACCUCAGCCAGUAUGUUCGGUGGAGCCGGGGGAAGGGGCUCCAGGGUGUCCGUGGCGAGUCUGGAGGGGCUGCGCAAUGUGCUGCGCAACGACACGGAGAGAGAUGCUCCGGCCCCACCAGCUGCAGCUGCUCCUGCAGCCCCCCCUGCUCCGGCCGCCCCUGUUGUCCCCGCCGACGACAAGCAGACUCUGCGGGGUCUGAACGACCGUCUGUCCGGGUACCUGGGCAGGGUGAGGCAGCUGGAGCAGGAGAACAGCGACCUGGAGAAGCAGAUUGAUUCGAUUUUGUCCAAGAGGAAGACACCUGAGGGUCGCAAAUGGGAUGAGGUUGAGAAACCACUGGAUGACCUCAAGAAGCAGAUCAAGGAAAUCACCCGGGACAAUGCCAAGUUGUUGCUCCAGAUCGACAACACCAAACUGGCUAAUAAUGACUUCAAGAACAAGCUGGAGGAGGAGAAGAAAGCCAAGAAGGAAUUGGAGAACGACCUGGAGGAUCUGAAGAAUACCAUCGAGGACACCAAGCUGAACAGCAUCCAGACCCAGAAAGAGAGACUGGUGAAGGAAGAGCUCGACCGCCUCGAGAAGGAACACAAAGAGGAGGUGGAUGCCCUGCAGGAUAAGAUCAAGGACUCUGAGGUGACGGUGGAAAUCGAGUCCCAGGACUCCAACCUGGCUGAGAUGGUUAACAACAUCCGCGCCCAGUACGAUAAACUGGCCCAGAAGAACCUGAAGGACACGGAGGACUGGUACCAAAACAAGUUUGAGACCAUCAAGGUGGAGGAGGCACAAAAUAACGUGGAGCUGCAGUCCGGAAAGUCGGAGCUCAGGGAACUGCUCAAACAGAAACAGUCGCUAGAGAUUAAAAUCCACGGAGAACACAGAAAGAUCUAUCAUCUGGAGGAGUGCGUCACCAUGACCAAAGUGGAGAACGGCCAGCAUCUGGCUCCUCUCAACAAGGUCCUCCUGGAGCUGCAGGCCGAGCUGAAGGAUGUGAGGGCCGAGGUGGAGCGCCUCGUGAGAAACAACAAGGACCUGCUGUGUGUGAAGAUGAAGCUGGAGGCCGAGAUGGAUAACUACCAGAGACUGAUUCAUGGCAUUACAGCCGACCCUGAGAGCUUGGAGUUUGCUUUGGAAGAUGCGCUGGACAGCGCCAAGCAAAAGCCUGAAGACAAGGCGCCCCAGCAGCAGGAAGAGGUGAGAGACGCCCCCGUGAAGAGAGAAAGCUCCUCCACUAUCAAAUCCACACCCCCCACAGCCCCUGCAGCAGUUGACCCCCUCGAUGCGUUGGCGAAAGAUCUCUUCAAGGAGGGUGCUGUUAAAAAUGAAGCCGAUCCUGUUGCACCAAGCGAAAAGAAAAAAACCUCUGAAAAAAUUAGGAAAGAUUCUUCCUCUUCCUCCUCUUCUUCCUCCUCCUCCUCCUCCUCCUCAUCUUCUUCUUCCUCAUCCUCCUCCUCCUCUGACGACGACGACAAUAAAAAUGAAAAGGCCCAGAAAGAAAAAAAGGGUGAGGGUGAGAAGGCCAAGAAAGAAAAAAAGGGUGAGGGUGAGAAGGCCAAGAAAGAAAAAAAGGGUGAGGGUGAAAAGGCCAAGAAAGAAAAAAAGGGUGAGGGUGAGAAGGCCAAAGCUUGAUUUUAAAGAUAUACAAACCUGUGAAGCUUCUUUAAGUUUGUCCUUCAAUAAAUGAUUUCAGAAUGAAACGCA